AUGAAGCAAAGUCUACUGAUUAAGUCAACUUUCGCCAAAUAUAUUUCUGUGAAGGCAGAGUGCAGAAUUUUCGAAAUUCUGGUCCAACUCAGAGGGGUUAUCCGACGAGAUAUUGUGCAAAGAGACGUUGUACGAGAUAUCUUUGAAACUGGAUGGAAAUUUUUCAGACAAAGGAGUCAAGAAGAGCCACUUAUUCCAUUUGGAAGGGCUCUAGCAUGGUCUUAUGUAUUACAUAACCGCCAGCCUGAUGCGGUUAAUCUUUUGGAUCUGAUACAAAAGGGAGACCCACCAUUUCGACAGUCCAUCGAAAUAUCAUCACAGACGCUUAUCCAGCCAGUUAGAGAGCUCUAUGAGAAACUAGUCUCUGGGAAGAACGGUGUUGAUAGACAGUAUAUCAGCUCUGAUCCAGACUACCCACUGGUUGAGAUAAAGCGAAAGAUCAACAGGAAAUCCAGAGCAAGCGCUUUACAUCUCAAUGAUACCGAACAGGGUACUUUUUCAAAUGCUGGAAUUUUGUUCAGGAAGAACUCUAUUGUGAUGAGAAAGAGGCGACCCUAUCUUCUGGGGGCCUCCUCUACGCCGAGACAACCCUAUGUUCAAACUCAAUUCUUUGCUCCUGGAUCAGUCUCGGAGAGGAACGAAAUUCUAGCUCACCGACCUUUAAGUCAUAAUCGAGAUCGCCUACUCGCGGCAUACAGCAUACAGUUUGGGCCAAUGUGGGAGGAACUGGAUUGA